GGAUCUUGCAUUCAAGGAUACCAAAUACAUGCGUGUGUGCAGCGAUCAUUUUGUUGGUGGUUCUCCUUCGGCCUUGUAUCAGGACACCCAUCCCGAUUGGAUACCAACUUUGAAACUUGGCUAUGGCAAGGCUGACAAUGACAACAAGGGUUCUCGUUUCUCCCGUCUGCAGGAGCGCAAGGAAGCAUCAAGACUCCGGAACCUGCGGUUUGAUCUUGAAGUUGAAGAGGAACUUUGUGAGGCAGAAUCAGACACUGAACCAGUAGAUCAAGAGCAUGAUAUUACACCCGAACAGGAACUUAAAAGUUGCAAAAUUGAAAUUGACAUUCUUAAGUCAGAAAAUGAAUCUUUAAAACAUGAGAAUAAUCUACUUAAGAAGAUAGUUCAUAAAAUGAAAGCAAAUAAUACUGAAGACUUUGAAGGUGAUGAUGAUAAAGUACGAUAUUAUACUGGUCUGCCUUCGUUUGUAACACUAAUUGCAUUGUUCAAUCUUGUAUCAUAUGGAAUUUGUCAGUCUUCACAUUCAUCUCUGACAAAGUUUCAAAAGUUAAUUAUCACAUUAAUGAGACUCAGACUGAAUUUACCCACUCUUGACCUAAGUUACAGGUUUGGUGUCAGCAAAGCUACAAUUUCCAGGACAUUUAAUCAGGUUAUGGAUGUCUUGUACAUCAACUUAAAACAACUUGUGUUCUGGCCAGAUAGAGAGGAUUUAUGGAAAACAAUGCCAAUGGUAUUCAGAAGGUAUUUUGGACGCAGAGUGUCUGUUAUUAUAGACUGUUUUGAGAUUGUUAUUGAUAGACCAUCCAAUUUGACAGCUAGAACCCAGACAUGGUCAACGUACAAGCAUCAUAAUACUGUAAAAUAUCUUAUUGGCAUCACUCCCCAAGGUUCUGUAAGUUACAUUUCUGAGGGAUGGGGAGGUCGUGUUAGUGAUAAGUAUUUAACAAAUAAUAGUGAUUUCACCAAUCAUCUUCUCCACGGUGAUAUAGUAUUAGCAGAUAGAGGCUUUGAUAUACAAGAAAUUAUUGGUUUUGUAGGAGCGGAGUUAAGGAUUCCAGCAUUUACACGAGGUAAACCACAGUUAAGUGGCACUGAAGUAGAGGAAACAAGAAAAAUUGCCAAUGUAAGAAUUCAUGUUGAAAGAGUUAUUGGUAGUGUCCGUCAAAAAUACAUGAUCCUCAGCAGCACUAUUCCCAUUGAUUACCUAAUGACAAAGAGUAAUGAAACUGAUCCAUUACUUGACAAGCUUGUCCAUGUUUGCUGUGCACUUACCAACAUGUGUCCAUCAGUUGUUCCAUUUGAGUGAAGGCUACUUAUAUCUUGUGAGACUUACAAAAGAUGAAAAACAUAAAUGAAAGGUCAAAUGUGUUUAAUGUUGGCAUAUUUAGCACUCGGUGAUACACCCACCUUGACAUGUUCAAUGGCGACUAGAACCACAUUGUAGUUUGCAUCUGAUAUACUAUUAUCUGAAAAUUAUGUAAUCUAUGUUUCUAACAUGACCAUGAUCAAUGUUGUUCACUCCAAGUUUUAAAAAGGUAUUAUUUGAUAACUUCAUCAUUAAUGAUCAUAGAUGUGUUCAGAUUGAAUUAAGUUUAAAAUGUCACUGGCAAGGAGGGCUAGUUAUGUAAAACUGUCGCUUGCCCAUAUCAUACUUCACAGGCCCUGCAAAAUAUCAAUAUCAGCAUGCACAUUGGUCAGGCCUGGUAUUAUGCUUGGUAAUUACAGAUGGUAGGUUAUUGUCAACCCUUUGAAACAAUACAUUUGUAUUGUAGUAAUGGUUCCUAACUUCUUUUGCGCAAUGCUGUUAACAUUUUCUAUAUAGUGAUCUUCGUGUGGCAAGAGAUAAUAUAUAUCACUAAACUUUUGAGGACAGACUUUUAACACCUUAAUCAUGUUAAUAAAUGACUUCAUCAUAUUCAUGUACAUUAAACAAAGAACAAAUUAUCUGAUAUACUGAACCAGUUGGGAUAGCUUUGCUUUAACAGUAUAUUACUGGCCCGAUUCACAAUCAGCUAGCAGGCAAGUAGCUAUUUCAAACACUGCGAUGUGUUGUCAUUAUUCAAGCAGAUCAUAUGUCACAAAAUUAUUUGUAAGUGAAGUCACAUCUUAUUCAAAUGACUUUACUGAUAUUUUGUUUCACACAAUAAUUCAGCUGCAUAAUUAUCCCAGCAACUAUUGAUGUCAUAGACCAUUUCACAAACCAAUGGAAAAUAUUUCAUACACAAGUCUAUGAGUUACUGCUCAAAUGUACAAUCUGUCAAUUAUAGUAAUAAAACUAUUCUUAAUGUGC